AUGUUCGCCAUAUUCAGACAACGGCGCUGCCAAGGAGAAAUCGAGGCAGGCAGAGAGGAGAUGGGGAAGGAUCUUGAAAGACGAAUUGGCCAAUCUGAAGGUCGAUCAUGCCCGUGA